AUGGAAACAUCACCACAGUUUUCAGUAGUACCAGCGGCAGCAGCUGCGCCUGCUGUUGCUCUCCCAGAAAGCAACAUACCAGUCAGACGAAAUGCUCAAGAUCAACACAGUAAAGCAGCAGGAGUGGGGAAGAUGGCAGCAACGGCAGAAACAACAGCAGCAACAGCAACAGCCACCGGUGCUUGCCCACAACCCGAAUUUAACCCCUUCUCUAGAUGCCCAGCAGAAGGCGAGCGUCCAUAUAUUGGCGCAGCAGUACGCAGUGCGUUUGUUGCGGAGGAAACAGUGGACCCAGUAGUAGAACCGCCUGGAGGGUUGCUUGAUCCUGGAGGGGAAAUGAAAAUUGACGGGGAAGUCGUAGAUAAUGCGUCAGAGGUGGCUGUUACAGUGACUGGAUCAGUGGAUACUCCUGCAGCGAUGGGAGCGCCAACAGCACCACAGACAACAGCAGUAGCUAUGGGGGGCGAUAUAGCUUCGGCACUUAAUUGCAUGCAGAGUCUGGAGCGGCCAAGUGCAGCAUUGCCUGCAGGAACAGUACCUGCACCACCGACAGUAGCGCCAACAAACCGCCCAGGUCGCCGUCAGUGGCGUCCUUCUGAGCAGCACUGCCAGCAGCAGCAACAGCAACGACAGCAGCACCAGCAGCAGCACUGUUGGUUUAGCGACGUAUUGUUUGCUUACAAUUUACGUGUCGGGUUCACCGUUCCGAGAGACGUCCACUUAGAGAGCCAUCCGCUAUCCGUCUACGGAAUGGGGGAGUUCAAGAGCGGCCUUUGGGGCAAGGGCGCCAGCAGUAGCAGCAAGACCAGCAAUAGCAGCAAAGACACGCGUAAACUUAAGGAGACCCAGCACACAGACAACCAGCUCGCAAACAACGUGCGCUGGUUCUCAGCCUGCUGCAAGCAACAGCAGCAGCAUCUCCAAGAUGGCAGCAGCAGCAGCAGCAACAGAGCUGGCUUUUUACCAUCGCCGGCACAGCAGCAACAAGACGACUGCCUACAGAGCUGCCUAUUGCGGACUGGACGCUAUGUAGGAUUAGAGAAUUUGGGUGCCACAUGUUAUAUGAAUGUAUUUCUACAAGCUUUGUACAUGAAUGUGCAUUUCAGACAGGCUCUGCUGCUGCUGCCCACUCUACAGCAGCUGCGAUAUGCAGAGCAGCAGCAGCGAGAGAAAGGCAUCGUGCAUGCUGAAGGUGUCAUCUGUGUGGACGAGGAUGCUGACCAGCAGCAGAAAGAGCAGCACCAGCAGCAACAGCAACAGCGACAGUUGCGGCAACAGCAACACAGUGUCGUGCACCAGACAAACGAAGCAGAGGCACUAAACCAGCAACAGGCGCAGCAGCAGCAGCAGGUGGCCAGAGUAGACGAGCGUAUCUCAUCCAUCCCUGGGGAAACCGAGGAGGUCAACAACCUCUUUUUCAAGACGUCAUUAGCAGCACCAGCAACAGCAACAGGGGCAGCAUCAUCUGCAGCUGCCGUAGCCACGGAAGCAGCAAUUUCAGGCACAGUAGUGGACCUCUCAGGUGAAUCGUCACCUCGUGAUCAAGAUGGGCAAGCAACAAUGGGAAGUCAGAGCUGCAGUGGUAGUAGCAGCAACAAGACAGCGAGCCCGCACCCUGCAGGUGCUAUAACUGACGCUCCACCUUGGGCCUUAGACGAGGCAACUGCUGCUGCUGCAUGCAAGUGGCUGUGCAGCACCAGGUAUGCCCUCGUCUCGGAGCUGCAACGAAUAUUCGCAUUGCUGCAAUGCGGUGUACAGGCUGCUCUCAGGCCUGACUCUCUAGCAGAGCUGCUUGCAGAGGACGUCUCCUGUCAGGAGGAUGCAAACGAGCUGCAGCAUCGUUUGUUAGAGAUGCUAGAGGUUGAGUUGGGGGGCCUGAGCAGCCCCUGGAACUUUUUGCCUUCUCUUUUCAGAGGUGCUCACCUACAGGCAGUAUGCUGCCGCAGUUGCGGAUACACUGGGCUGCGGGAGGAGACUUUCUAUCAGCUCAGCUGCAGCCACAAAAACGAGAAAAAAAGCUUAAAGGAGGACAAGGCGCAACAGCAGGCUUCACCUUCAACAGUAACCGUAGCGCCAGGUGGCGCUGCAGGCGUCGCCACUGCCGUUGGUGGAGGCAGCGAUGCACCCGAUGUCCAGCAGCAAGUGCACAUGAGGCAAUUGCAGCAACAGCUACAGCAGCAGGGGCUUGCUGACCGACGCGCAGGAGCCAAAAGGGAAAGAAAUGGAGCAGCGAAGGGUACGACUACUCCGCAGCAACAGCAGCAGUUACUGCUGCUUCAGGCAGCAGGAGGAGUAGUCGGUGACAUGUGUAGUGUAACUGGCGCUCCCAUGGGUUUAUUAUCUGCCCUGCCACCUCCAGCAGGGGCAGCGGCAGCUGGUGCCGCGCCAGCAUCAGCACCAGCAGCCGGUGCAGCAACAGCACAAGUUGAGCGCAGCAGCUGGCGGCUUGGUGAGGACCUGGCUCGUCAGUUUCAACGAACAGAACAGCUACGAGGGGAUGCGAAGUAUUUUUGCCCACAGUGCGGCGACAAGAGGGAGGCCCGCAAGCGACUGCAGCUGUCCCUGCUGCCCCCUUACCUCCAGAUAGUGGUGCUGCGGUACAGCAUCGACGUUCGAAAGCAGACUGGAGAAGUAGCUCGGCGAAAGCUGCACGAGGCCCUGGAGGUGCCUCUGGUGAUGGAGCUAAGAGCUGGGCUUGCGGACAAAUGCAAAGUUUCUUUUCCCCUGGGCGGCAGCGCGCCUCUGCUGGAGGCAGGUCCACUGGCGAGCUGCUACAGACUUUUCGCCGUCCUACAGCACCAAGGGGCAUCUGCUGCAUCUGGCCACUACACCGCAAUAAUUCGUGACGUUAGGUACAGGAGUCAGUCCAGCAGCGCAAGCAGCACUGGAGAACUUGCAGAAGACAGGCAGGCAUGCAUGAGUGCUGCAUCACGCUGUGCUGCCGUUCCCACGGCAGCUACGACGCAGUACGGUCGCUUCUCCCCGCAAUGCCAGGGAGGAGUAGCGGAUGCUGGUCUUGCAGCUGCUGAAUCAAGUACGAAUAGUGGAGCGACUCUACUACACGACGCACUGCAGUUUUCUGAACAGAAAGACUGGGAGCAGCAUUAUGAGCGAGAGCACCAUCGGCAAGAACCGCAGCAGCCGCAGGAGGGGCAGCAAGAGACGGACGUUCACUUUGAAAAUCCCAAGGAGAACUCAGUGCUCUUUAUGCCUGUUAACUGCAAAGAGGCUUCUCAACAAAAGCAACUGCAUCAACAGCAUCAGCAGUUGCUGCAGCAAACUACACACAGUAGCUUAGGAAGUAACGAGGCAACGAACCUUGCUGCAAGUGCUCUUUCGCUACAAAGUGGCUGCAGUGACACUUGCUGCACGGAGCGGCAGCACCAGCAGGAGGGAAUGAAUGGGCAGGACGGGUCACCUUGCGUUGUAGCAGCAAAUAUCCUAAUUUCCGAUGUUAAAGGUUGGGAGCUGCGGGAGCAGGAGUCUAAUCUUUGCUGUUUGGGCGAAGAAGGCCUUAACGGCAUCAGAGAUCGCAGCAAACCUACGGAUGUAAUGCUUUAUGAUACCUCAGAAGCAAACAAAAGCAACGGCGGGAUUCGUCGCAGCCGCCGCGCCGUUGUCAGAAAGCAGCACUUCUUUCCAAAUUCUGACAGCGACGAAGCAGGUGCCGCAGCUCCUGGGUCUCGAGCGCGUUGCACCACCAACCGCAGCAACAUGUGCACUACAGAGGGCCCAAGUUCCGCAGCCGCAAUUGCUGCAGCAGAAGCUGCUGCAGCGCGCCUCGCUGCGGACCUCGAGAGCGACGACGAUUGGGAUGUGGCUGCGACUCAUGCUGCUGAUGUAUUCGACCCGCAGCCCGAGCAGGAACCAGGCCAGCUUCAGCGGCUACUGCAGCAGCAGCAACAACAGCAGCAGCACAUAGGAUCCGCCACUUCUGGAACAGAGGCCGUCGGAGAGCGUUGGCCAUGGGUUUACUUCAAUGAUAGCUGCGUCAGUCCUUUCGCCUUCCCACAAUGCCCAGACAGUGAAAAGCAACAACAACAAGCGUAUGAAGGCAGCCUCUGCGGCACCGACGGCGUCCUGUUAGAGCAACACCAGCAGCAGCAGGCCCCUGUGUCAUUUCCCUGCAGUCCACCCUUGCAGCAACAGCAGCAGGAGAGCAGCAGCUACUUGCUCAGCAGGACCGUCCACAGCGUGACUUACAUAAGGGGAGAUAUUGUAGCUGCACCUGAAGACCCUCCGUUGCCCCCAGCACUCGAGUCUUUUGUCGUUGCAGAGAACGAGCGCUUGUUCAGUCGCAUACGAGAGCAGGAGGAGCGCACCCGGCUACUAACAAGUUUCGUGCUGCAACAGCAAACAUUUAUCUCACACUUGCUGCGGCAGCAGCUGCCUGCAGCAUUGCGACAGUUAGAGCUUCAGCGGCAGCAGCUCGAGGCGCGGCAGGCAUUUGAUGCGGCGGUUGCUGCGGCGGAAGCAGGGGAUAAUGCCGCCGCAGACACAGCAGAGAAGCGGCAGUUGCUUCCGUCACUGCAGCAGCUAGCGUUCGUACCCAAGAGCUGGUGGUCUUCAUUUGUUAGGGGGACGGACUAUCCCUGCGUGUCAGUGCUUCUACCUCAGCACCUCCGACCUUCACGAGACAGCUCGAAUAGCAAUUCAUAUUUGCAUAGUGCAACAGAAAGGGCAGCCAAAGCUGCGGCAACUGCAUCGCCACAGCCGCAGCAGCAACAUGAUCUGCACGAACCGGGGGAGAGCCUACCCGACAUGGACGAAUUGGACGCUUCUCUUCAGCAGCAUGGCAACCAGCAGCAGCAACAACAGCACAAGAAGAGCACAAGGAAAGGCAGCACUGCGUGGACUUCUGCCGUCUGUCCAGAGGUUCUUGAAGAAGCAGGCGUCGUUGACUACAGCAGCAUUCUCUGUCCUCACUACAUCCGGCAUCUGAAGCGGCAGCGAGGUGUCGGCAAGCGUCCUUCAUUCUGGUCGGCAAAUGACAGCAGCAGCAACAGCACUAGCAGCACGGUGGGGCGUCCUUAUGGUGUUGACCCGCUUGCAGUCUGGAGUGGGGAGGCAAAGCUCAUUCCUGUCUCUGUACUCAAAUCUAUUUUCACUGCUGUCGGGCUCCGCGCGUCAGUGGAGACGCCGUUGCUGCAGCAGGCCGUCUGUAGCAGGUGCGCGGCAGCACUUCGGGGCCUUGCGGAUCUAUCAGCCCUGCAACACAGAGAGGUGGAUCUUUUUGUCUCAGCUGCAAAGCAGCAGCAGCUGAUUGCUUCUGGCGGGAAGGCUGCCACUUCAGUCAGUGAUUUUGAGGGUCCCACUUCCAUAGUUGCCGCCACCACUGCACGAGCAGCUGCCGGAGGCAGCAGCUAUUUUUCACUGACACAGUCACAGCAGAAGCCUCAAGCAGCCUGCGAGCGUACCCAGGAACCUGCAGCAGACGUCCCAACACAGCAGCCUCAGCAGUCACACUCAGACCAGCAACUGAAAAGAACGCAAGAAGAGGAGGAAUAUGUUUUUGUCUCUCGGCGCGUUCUGCAACACAUGUUAGGGCAGCACGCGGUGUACCUUAGCAGCUGCAGCACAGCAGCCAGGGACGGCCCCCGUAGCGGCCCCGUGAUGACACUACUAGCCGCUGCUGCUGCGACGCAGCAGCAGCGGGGCUCCCGAGCAGGUAAAUGCAAGAGUCGGCGAGUCUGUGGAGAGAGCGCUUUUGCAUGGGCUGCGUAUGAAGAUGUCCGCAAAGAAGUCAUAGCAAAUCGCGUGUGGCCUCUUGAGGAGGAAGCGUCUGCUACUGGAGCAAGUGCAGUGACAGGCAGGGCCUCUCCUGGGAUCGGGCUAAUACGCGACACGAUUGGCGGUGCGCCUGGUCUUGAAGUGGACUCAUCUAGAACCGGAAUCGCAACACAUGAGGCUUCCUCUGGUGCUGUUGCUGAAUUUACGGCUGCUGGCUCUAAUCUGACAUUGGAUGUGUCUGGCGAGCUCCUCUGCUCGCACGGAAAUUUGCUUCCGUUGCCACUGCAGCACUCCAAACAAAAAUUGUCCCCCAGACUUUUGGUUCCCGCCGCUGCACUGCUACGGUAUCUCUCGGUGGAAAGAGCCAAGUGGCCACUGCUCAAAGAGCUUGAUGUCCCGCAGCCUUUGGCCCUCUCGGCAUCACGGCUUGUCCCACAGAGCGCAUCGGAAUGCACUAUAUGUUUCUCUGAACAGCAGCAACAGCAACAGCAGAGGCAGCGGUGGCGUCAUCGCAUGCGAGAAGAGGAGAAAGUCCUUGGCCCUGUUCUUGGUAGCCGUUGGACCGUCAAGAGAGAGCCACUUCAGGGAACAUCUAAAAUGCAUGCGUCUCUUCCCCGAGCUGGAGUGUACCAACUGGUUCCGGAGGUUUGGCGAUCUCAGUGGCAGCAAUUUGUGGCAUCAACUGAUGAAGAGACUGGUUCGGAUCUGCGGCCCAAGCCCCUCGACGUCUCGGCGCUGAUAUGCGAUUGCGCUGUGCCUGGCCUGAAGGUGGAUCCAACAGAUUCAGUUUUAUCGCCGGCAUUCCUUUCUUCGCCGCCUCCUUCUGAGGCUGCCAUGUACUUACUGGUGCAUGAAUGUCACUUCAGCCUUCUGGAGAGUCACGGCUAUUACGGCUUUAACAGCGGGGAUGCUGUUAGAGCUACCUUAAGGGUCUGGUUGACGCCAGCUGGCUCUCGUCACUCUGCCCCGGUCUUUUUCUUUCCGCACCUGAAGCCUUGCUCGUCUUGCGUCAGUCGUCUGCGGAUGCAGUCUCAAGGCUUGUAUGACUUCCCUGCUGUUGAUCUCCCCAUCCACCUCGCAGCCAAUUGUCACCACGCACUCGUGACUUCGCAGCAGCAGCCCCAAGAGCAGCAACAGCAGCAGCAAAAAGGUAACAUCAGGAGCCGCUCUGCUCAAGGAUUAAGGCUCUUUUCAAGAAGAAUGAUGGCCGAGGUCUCAGGGGCCAUGCCGGUCGAUUGCGUGGUUGCAUCGGUUGUGGCAGCGGUCAGCGAAACCACGGAGUCGAUUCGUCGCGUCCGCGUGGCUCUGCGGGUUCCGGGUGUCUCUGUGCUUUUUGCAAAACCAGAAGCGGCUACUGCUGCCGCUUCUGCCAGUAGCUCAGAUGACGGCGUAGGCGGAGGGGAGGGCGUGCUGCCAAUGACUGCUGUGCAGGUGGUUGGUGGCAAGACCCGAUAUGUCGAGCUGUCAAACCUCGUGGCUUCAGGUGGAGGCAGCGUCAGAAUGCGCCAGCUAGGAAUUCGAGUAGAUGCAGAGUGUUGCGUACACUACACAGUAGAUGGAACUGACCCUGCUCCGCCUGAGGAAAUCCUGGGGCAGCAGCCGGAAGUGGAGCAGCAGCCGCUUCAGCACCAGCAGCAGGAUGUCGUCUUAGAGGUAUCGGCACAGUCUACCAAUGAUACCAAUUGCAGCAAUAACUGCACAACCAGUGCCAACAGCCCCCUUGGCAGCAGCAGUUGCAGUAAUAUUAGUGGGAGCAACAGUGUUACGAACCGUCAAGGCACAAAUACCAGCAGCGGCAGCUGCAGUUCUCCUUGCCCUUUCACGAAGCCGGACCACCAUGAAUGCCAGGACGACGGAACAUUAGUGCAUAUGUCGCAAUCGUUUGUUCCUACGCAGCAGGACUAG